AUGCAGACCAUCAAGGGACACGACCACUUGGGCACUGUGAAGGAAGUGUGCAGGAACCACGUUCCUACAUCAUCGAGUCCGAUGGAGGAACCUACAGAAGAAAUCGUCGUCACAUCCUUCCUGUUGCUGAGCCACCACCACGACAGAUCAACUCUGAAGACUUUGAUCGCCAGUGUUGAUGUUCAGCAGAAUUGGGGAGUGAAUUACAGCCCUUCAUAUGUUUGUGUAUUAAGAGGCGCAUCAGUGAAAAUGUCCUGUACUAUAAAACAUCCUUCUGAUAAUGAGGUCAAAACAGUCUUCUGGACCAAAACUGCAUUAGCAUCUGUUGGAGAACCACCUGACCUGUGUUCAGACCCAGAAUACAGAGGAAGAGUUCAGUGUUUGAGUGAAAAUAAAGACACUUACAGCAUCACUUUGAGUAAUGUAACACAAGCUGAUAAACACAUCUACUACUGCAGAUUUACAUCAAACAGAGGAGAUGGAAAAUGGACAGGGAUUCCUGGAGUUCAGCUCGACGUCACAGACCUCCAGGUGGAGACACAGCAGAGAGUGAAUGAGGGAGAUUCAGUCACUCUGACAUGUAAAAGCACCUGCAGUCUGACUGAAGAAACAACAUUCAUCUGGUCCAGAAACACACAGACAGUCACUAAAGGAAGAGUUACAGUGAAUCAGCUCCAGCUGCUGUCAGUCACACGUGAUGAUACAGGAGAUUAUAGAUGUGCUGUGAGAGGAAAAGAUCAUCUGUCCUCUCCUGAAGUUUAUCUUGAUGUCACAUAUCCUCCAGAGAAAGUCUCAGUGUCCAUGAGUGGAUCUGGUGAAAUAGUUUUGGGUGAUUCAGUGACUCUGACCUGCAGCAGUGAUUCAAACCCACCUGCUCACAUCUACACCUGGUUUUAGGUGAAUGAAAGUUCAUCUGUUGGAUCGGGACAGAGUUACAGCAUCUCCAACUUUAAUUCCAGUCACAGUGAACGGUUUUACUGUGAGGCUCAGAAUGAACAUGGAUCUCAGAGAUCAGCUGCUCUAUCAGUCUCUGUUGCAGGGGUUCAGACUGAUGCUCCCUAUAUAGUUUCUGGGAUUGUGGCAGGAUGUGGAGGAUUAUUCAUCAUCAUCAUCAUCAUCAUCAUUGUAGUGGUUGUAAAAAAGAAGAGGAAAGAUGGUGGAGCUGAAAACAUGAACCAAAAGCAGAAGAAUGACUCGAGGGAUGAUACAUACACAUCUCUGAAUACUGUGUCCAGAUCAUCUAAUGAUAUUUACAACACACUCACAACCGUUCACGCCAGUGCUCAUGAUGCCACGGCUCUUGAUCUUCAGUCUAGAUCUGCUGAAUAUGAGAACCUAGCAGAAACUUCAUUUGACAGUUUAACACGCCUGUCAAGUUCCUGUUUCCAUCAUUCCUCAUUUGAACUCCUGCAACGAGACUCAUCGCAGCACGAGGUUGCUAUGGUGACGUUCAUCAGAAUAUUUCUUCCUCUGAUCUUACUGGUCAUGACUGCGGGGGUCAAUGAACAGUGGGGAGUGAAUUACAGCCCUUCAUAUGUUUGUGUAUUAAGAGGCGCAUCAGUGAAAAUGUCCUGUACUAUAAAACAUCCUUCUGAUAAUGAGGUCAAAACAGUCUUCUGGACCAAAACUGCAUUUGUACCUGUUAGAGAACCACCUGACCUGUGUUCAGACCCAGAAUACAGAGGAAGAGUUCAGUGUUUGAGUGAAAAUAAAGACACUUACAGCAUCACUUUGAGUAAUGUAGCACAAGCUGAUAAACACAUCUACUACUGCAGAUUUACAUCAAACAGAGGAGAUGGAAAAUGGACAGGGAUUCCUGGAGUUCAGCUCGACGUCACAGACCUCCAGGUGGAGACACAGCAGAGAGUGAAUGAGAGAGAUUCAGUCACUCUGACAUGUAAAAGCACCUGCAGUCUGACUGAAGAAACAACAUUCAUCUGGUCCAGAAACACACAGACAGUCACUAAAGGAAGAGUUACAGUGAAUCAGCUCCAGCUGCAGUCAGUCACACGUGAUGAUACAGGAGAUUAUAGAUGUGCUGUGAGAGGAAAAGUACAUCUGAUCUCACCUGAAGUUUAUCUACAUGUAGGAAAUGUUGAUGUUCAGCAGAAUUGGGGAGUGAAUUACAACACGUCACGUGUUUGUGUAUUAAGAGGCGCAUCAGUGAAAAUGUCCUGUACUAUAAAACAUCCUUCUGAUCAUGAGGUCAAAACAGUCUUCUGGACCAAAACUGCAUUAGCAUCUGUUGGAGAACCACCUGACCUGUGUUCAGACCCAGAAUACAGAGGAAGAGUUCAGUGUUUGAGUGAAAAUAAAGACACUUACAGCAUCACUUUGAGUAAUGUAACACAAGCUGAUAAACACAUCUACUACUGCAGAUUUAAAACACACAAAGAAGAUGGAAAAUGGACAGGGAUUCCUGGAGUUCAGCUCGACGUCACAGACCUCCAGGUGGAGACACAGCAGAGAGUGAAAGAGGGAGAUUCAGUCACUCUGACAUGUAAAAGCACCUGCAGUCUGACUGAAGAAACAACAUUCAUCUGGUCCAGAAACACACAGACAGUCAAUAAAGGAACAGUUACAGUGAAUCAGCUCCAGCUGCAGUCAGUCACACGUGAUGAUACAGGAGAUUAUAGAUGUGCUGUGAGAGGAAAAGAACAUCUGUCCUCUCCUGAAGUUUAUCUUGAUGUAACAUAUCCUCCAGAGAAAGUCUCAGUGUCCAUGAGUGGAUCUGGUGAAAUAGUUUUGGGUGAUUCAGUGACUCUGACCUGCAGCAGUGAUUCAAACCCACCUGCUCACAUCUACACCUGGUUUUAGGUGAAUGAAAGUUCAUCUGUUGGAUCGGGACAGAGUUACAGCAUCUCCAACUUUAAUUCCAGUCACAGUGAACGGUUUUACUGUGAGGCUCAGAAUGAACAUGGAUCUCAGAGAUCAGCUGCUCUAUCAGUCUCUGUUGCAGGGGUUCAGACUGAUGCUCCCUAUAUAGUUUCUGGGAUUGUGGCAGGAUGUGGAGGAUUAUUCAUCAUCAUCAUCAUCAUCAUCAUUGUAGUGGUUGUAAAAAAGAAGAGGAAAGAUGGUGGAGCUGAAAACAUGAACCAAAAGCAGGCGAAGUCAGAAAAACAUAUCUCCAUCUACAACUGUCUGUCUGUAGAUGUCAGGAAUCCUGUAGAGGUGUCGAGUGAAGCUGCUGUCCGAGAGGUUGCUAUGGUGACGUUCAUCAGAAUGUUUCUUCCUCUGAUCUUACUGGUCAUGACUGCGGGUGUUGAUGUUCAGCAGUAUUUUGGAGUGAAUUACAGCCCUUCAUAUGUUUGUGUAUUAAGAGGCGCAUCAGUGAAAAUGUCCUGUACUAUAAAACAUCCUUCUGAUCAUGAGGUCAAAACAGUCUUCUGGACCAAAACUGCAUUUGCAUCUGUUGGAGAACCACCUGACCUGUGUUCAGACCCAGAAUACAGAGGAAGAGUUCAGUGUUUGAGUGAAAAUAAAGACACUUACAGCAUCACUUUGAGUAAUGUAACACAAGCUGAUAAACACAUCUACUACUGCAGAUUUACAUCAAACAGAGGAGAUGGAAAAUGGACAGGGAUUCCUGGAGUUCAGCUCGACGUCACAGACCUCCAGGUGGAGACACAGCAGAGAGUGAAUGAGGGAGAUUCAGUCACUCUGACAUGUAAAAGCACCUGCAGUCUGACUGAAGAAACAACAUUCAUCUGGUCCAGAAACACACAGACAGUCACUAAAGGAAGAGUUACAGUGAAUCAGCUCCAGCUGCAGUCAGUCACACGUGAUGAUACAGGAGAUUAUAGAUGUGCUGUGAGAGGAAAAGAUCAUCUGUCCUCUCCUGAAGUUUAUCUACAAGUAGGAUGUUUUGAUCUGUUGUUAGGUAUUGCAAUGUUUUAUUUUCCAAAACUGCAGGAGAAUCGCAGCUCAGCAGGAGCAGAUCCAACCAAUGACCUUCCGAUUUCUCCACAAUUAUCGACCAAUCAGAAUGAUGCUCUUUAUGCCUGCAUUGCACAUAAGAAACCCAACAGUUCCAGAAAUGCACAAACAGCUGCAGGAGAUGUUGACAAUGUUCAAUAUGCCAGUGUUCAAUACUUCAGAAACAAAGAGAAGAAAAAGACUGAAGACAAGGACACCAACUUUGAAGUGUCUCAUUCCUCUGAUCCCAGCAGGAUGUUUAAUCUUUUCUCUCGGAUCUUUCUGCUUGUGGUUCCCGGCAUUUGUGGCCAAACUUGGAAUGUAGAGUACAAAAAUAUUAACCAAUGUGCUCUGAAGGGAUCUACAACAUCACUAUCAGGCAGUUAUACACACCCAAAUGGUCUCAAUGUGACAAAGACAUUUUGGACCAUAAAUCCAGAUGACGCCGAUGAGGCACCUGAUCUGUUUGAUGAUCCACAUUACAAAGGCAGGACUGUGCACUCUCAGAGGAAAGAUCAAACCUUCUCUCUCAUACUGAGUAACGUGACAAAUCAGGAUGAAAGUAUAUACUGUUUUAACAUCUUGACAAAUGUGGAAAAUGAAAGCUGGAUGGGUUAUCCUUGUGUUAGCCUUCAAGUCACAGGUCUCAGAGUGAAAAUUCCUCAAGAGGCCAUAGAGAGAAAAUCAGCUUUGUUAUUUUGUAAGACCAGCUGCAACCUCGGGAACAGUGCUAAAUAUACCUGGUUCAAAAACGGCAAAAUGUUCUCAGGAUCUCUCAGUACAAAUAAACUCUUGUUGAAGUCAGUCAGCAGUGAUGAUACAGGAAACUACAGCUGUGCAGUGACACAACAUGAACAUCUCCCAUCUCCUGCACUCACUCUCACUGUCAGAUAUCCUCCAAAGAAAGUCUCAGUGUCCAUGAGUGGAUCUGGUGAAAUAGUUUUGGGUGAUUCAGUGACUCUGACCUGCAGCAGUGAUUCAAACCCACCUGAUCACAUCUACACCUGGUUUAAGGUGAAUGAAAGUUCAUCUGUUGGAUCGGGACAGAGUUACAGUGCACGAGAGAGUGGAUUCUUCUACUGUGUGGCUCAGAAUCAAUAUGGAUCUCAGAGAUCAGCUGCUCUAUCAGUCUCUGUUGCAGAAGGAAAAAUCCCAGUUUUGAUAUUAGUCAUUUCAGCGGCGUUUCUUACUUCUGUGAUACUGAUGGUUGGCAUCGCGCUGCUUAUAAGGAGGAAAAGAGUUUCUCCAUCAGAAGAGCAAAACAACAGAGGAUUACAACACAAAGCAAAGGUCGAGUCUUCUGAGGGAACCUACAUGACCCUUGACCCCAUGUCCAGAUGCUCAGAUUAUGACACACUGCAUAACGUGAAGAGAUCCUGCAAUAACACAGACGACACUGAAUCUAAGGAUCCAACAUAUUAUAACAUUGACAAUUAA